CGUCAUUUACGUCUAUAUUUGCACUACCCAGUCGAAGUCCGUCGUCAUCGUCGCCGUUUAGUCGCGUUGUGCCGUUGAAGUUCAAACAGCGAGAUUCAAGAUAGCUCGAGUGUAUUGACUUCGUUGUUUGUCAGCGGCAGAGGAAUGGUCAGCCGGACAGAACUAACAACGUUGGUCGGCGUUGCAGCUGUGGUAAUUGCUGUGUUCUUUGUGAUCAAUAAAAAUGGAAAACCUGGUUCAGAUCACCGUCGUGUUGGGGCAGUGGCAUCCAAUGCUUACGAAUGCGCUUCGGUGGGAGCGGAUAUUCUUCGCCAAGGUGGAUCAGCGGUGGACGUAGCCAUAGCUAUGAUGUUCUGUGAAGAAGUGGCCUGUCCGGAGAGUGCUGGUAUGGGUGGAGGAUUUCUGCUGACGUUCUACCAUCGGGACACGGGGAAGGUCGAAGUGUUCGAUGCUCGUGAGAUUGCUGCACAGGCCGCUACGCAAGAUAUGUUCGUCGAUCACAAGAAUGGUACAGCUCAUGGUGGUUUGGCUAUUGCAACUCCCGGAGCAUUGAAGGGCUAUUGGGUAUUGCAUCAACGGUAUGGGAAAUUGCCAUGGAGAAGGUUAGUGGAGCCCUCGGUUGAGCUUUGCUACAGCGGACACACCGUUGAUCCGUACAUGGCACAGGCCUUACAGGAACGGAAGGAGAAAGUUUUGAAUACCCCAUCUUUGCGAGAGAUAUUUGUCAAUCCGGAAACGGGAGAUGUUUGGAAGCAGGGUGAUCGAUUCAGAAGGCCUCAUUUCGCCGAAACGCUCAAAGUAGUUGCGGAUGAAGGAGCCGAUGCGCUGUACUCUUCUAAAGGAAGUCUGCUUCCGAAGCUAAUGGGCGAUUUGAAAGAGUUUGGCAGUGUCAUUACAAAGGAAGACUUUUACAGCUAUGAACCUCGUUGGUUAUCUCCGGUGUCUACUAAGCUGCGCGACGGGAACACGGUUUACUGUGCUGCAUUACCUGGAGGUGGAACGAUCCUUAUCCAUAUGCUGAACGUCCUCGAUGGUUUUCGAGAUCUUAGCCCGAAUGAUCCAGUAACAUGGCAAAGGGUGGUGGAGACCUUCAAGCAUGCCUACGGUAUUCGAACCAGAUUGGGAGACCCUCCUUUUGUUAAAGGGAUCGAUGAUCUUAUUCGUAAUCUCACUAGCAAAGACUACGCUGACCAAAUUAGAGAUAAAAUGUAUGAUGACAAAACUUUCACAAAUUACGAUUACUACGGAGCAGAUUUUACGACACCGGAAGAUCACGGAACGGCGCACGUCUCGGUAUUAGCUCCAAAUGGAGAUGCAAUAGCCGUUACCAGUACCAUCAAUGAUUACUUCGGUGCCCAUCUGCGAUCACCUAAAACUGGAAUUAUCUUGAAUGGAGAAAUGGACGACUUCUCCACACCCGGCGUCAUUAAUAUCUUUGGAGUUCCGGCGUCCCCAGCGAACUAUAUCGCUCCCGGGAAGCGUCCGCUUUCGUCCAUGUCCCCCACUAUUGUGGUUGAUCGCAAAGGAGACGUACGCUUGAUCGCAGGAGGUGCAGGUGGAACGAGAAUUACCACGGCAACGCUACAGGUGAUCCUUCGCAAGAUUUUCUUCGGACAGGAUCUACAGGCGGCAAUGGACGGCUACAGAGUGCAUCACCAACUGGCCCCGAUGCAGGUGGAAUACGAGGGAGCAGUGGACGAUAGAAUUAUUGAAGGACUCAAGGCUCGAGGGCAUGCGAUGAAGAAAGUCCAACGGGUUGCUACGAUGACUGCAGUGGCGAGGGAGCACGAUGGAAGGGUUACGGCAGCUUUCGAUCCCAGAAGGCCAGGCAGUGUGGAGAUUGUUGAAUUUUAAAAUCAAUGACGCGUUAG